CUUGUAAGAUACCCAGCAUAUACAAUGGCAUUUCGGAUUGUUUCUAGGCGGGUGUGCGCUUCGCUGCGUGCGCCCCGUGUGAAUUGCGUUCCAACUCGGUUUGCUUCGUCGGCAGCGGCAGCGGUGCAGGGCUCAAGUCUGCCUCAGGAUGUUAAGGACUCGAUAGCUCGCGACUCGACAUUGGCGACCCCGGACCCUCCAGCGGGCUCAAAAACCGCCGGCCUCGUUGACCAGCAGUUACCGUACAUGGUCCCGACUUAUGUCCGCCCUCCGCCGAUGUUCGAGAAGGGCGAGGGUUGCUAUAUGUGGGAUGUUGAGAACAGGAAGUACCUAGACUUCACGGCUGGUAUUGCGGUCAACGCUCUCGGGCAUUGCGAUGCUGGUGUUGCGGAGGUCAUUGCUCAGCAGGCCAAGCAGCUGAUGCACACCUCCAACCUCUACCACAACCCUCACACCGGCCUCCUCUCGAAACAGCUCAUCCAGCUCACACACGCGACCGGCGGCUUUGCCAGCGCAACCAAGACAUUCAUCUGCAACAGCGGUUCUGAGGCCAACGAGGCUGCUAUCAAGUUCGCGCGCAAGACCGGCAAGUCUCUGCAGCCAGAUGGCAGCAAGCAUGAGAUUGUCUCCUUCCACAACUCCUUUCACGGCAGGACUAUGGGAAGCUUGAGCGCCACACCGAACCCCAAAUACCAGGCGCCCUUCUCUCCCAUGGUCCCAGGCUUCAAGUACGGAACAUACAACGACAUCGAGGGCAUCAACAGCCUGGUCACAGAAUCGACAUGCGGUGUCAUCAUCGAGCCCAUCCAAGGAGAGGGAGGCAUCAACGUCGCAACGCCUGAAUUCCUACUCGCCCUCCGUAAGCGCUGCACAGAAGUCGGCGCUGUCUUGAUAUACGAUGAGAUUCAAAGCGGUCUUGGCCGUACAGGUACCUUCUGGGCACACGCCAUGUUCCCCAAGGAGGCUCACCCAGACAUCGUCACCACGGCCAAGGCCCUCGGCAACGGCUUCCCCAUCGGUGCUACCAUCGUCAACGACUUCGUCUGCGACCACAUCAAGACCGGCGACCACGGCACAACAUUCGGUGGUAACCCGCUCGGCAGCCGCGUGGCGUCCUACGUCCUGUCUCGUCUCUCAUCGCCUGAGAUCCUGGACGCCAUUCCAGCAAAGGAGCAAACAUUCCGCAAGCACUUCGAUGCCCUGCGCCAGCAGUAUCCGACUCAGAUCAACGAGGUCCGCGGCAAGGGUCUGAUUCUUGGUCUCCAGCUCAACGCUGAUCCUACGGAGAUCCUUACAGCUGCUCGUGAGCGUGGGUUGCUCAUCAUCACUUGCGGUACCAACACACUGCGAUUUGUGCCUCCUCUGACGAUCACCGAGGCUGAGAUCGAGGAAGGUAUGCAGAUCCUGAGCCAGGCGAUGAAGAGCGUAUGGGUCAAGGGCGAGGAGGUAGAGGGCACAGAUGGGCAGCAGGAGAUGCGAUAGUGUGCGAUACUGUCUAUUCAGUAUGGCGCACCCUGGUUUGUUGAUUUCACAUAUUGAGCGAUAGAGCGAAAUGUACCCUUCGACCAUGUCAUCUUGUUUGCGGAGCUUUUUGGACAGC